AUGAAGUUUGUUGUGAUUAAAACGAAAGUAGGUCUUCUCGAAAAAUUCGCAGAAUUACAAAGAACUGACAACAUAUUUGAAACAGAUCGAGAUAAACUCCAGUUGUCAUCAUGGUUUGGAAAAGAAUGCCAUUUCAAACUUCUGUACAAAAUUAGCAGAGACGGUGGAUCACCUCAGACAUUCCACAAUCUGUGUGACAACAAAGGACCCACUGUGACCAUCUUCUACAACACGGAUAACAAUGUGUACGGGGGAUAUCUGUCAGACAGCUGGAGAAAUGGUCCUGCAGAGCCCUGGCGAGAACCACCGGUCUGGAAAUCAAAGACGCUUGACAGUCUGAAAGAGUUCAUCAGGUCCUUUCAACCUAAAGAAGAGUUGAAUGUUCCGGAAGUAAACAUUCUCCUCGUCGGUCAGGUCGGUGCAGGGAAAUCCAGUGUCGUCAACACGAUCAACUCCGUGUGGAAAGGGGAGAUCUCUUCCAGAUCCUGGGCUGGAAGUUCCGAGCACAGUCUAACAACGAGUUUUACUAAGUUUCGGAUAUCCGACCCUUCUACUGGAACAUAUUUAAAAUUCCGGCUAUGUGAUAUGAGAGGUUUGGAAGAGACCAUGGAUGUAAAAUCCGAGGAUAUAGCAUUUCUACUGGACGGAAAUCUUCCUAACAAAUACAAGUUUAAUCCUGCGGCUCGUGCCACCAAGGACACCCCUGGAUUUAUAAAAGAACCCACGAUGAAAGACAUGAUACACACUGUAGUAUUUGUGAUUGACGGCAGCAAUGUUGAGGUGAUGCCAGACGGGAUCAUUAAGAAGCUAAAGGAUAUAAAGGAGAUGCUGAUCGAGAGAGAUGUUCCUCUUUUGGUGCUUGUUACGAAGAUUGACAAGGUUUGUAGUGAUGUCGACAAAGAUGUCGAAGAAGUUUUCUUUAGCAACGCCGUAAAGAAAACUGUUGAUAAAGUGUCGGAUAUUAUUGCUAUCCCACGAUCCCACGUACUUCCGGUAAAGAAUUACGAAAAAGAGAGGACUCUGCAGAACAACAUAUGUAUACUCGCCAUGGAAGCUUUAAAACAGGCUCUUCUGUUUUGUCAAGAUUUUCUGGAAAACCAAUCUUAAACAAAAAAAUACUUUUUUUUUUAGAAAUAGUCAAAUGUUAUAGUAAUAUUUAUGACAGUGUACGUUGUCAGUUAGUUAAUUAAAUUCACUGAUGAAUAGCCUGCUUAAAUCUAUUAAAGU